AUGGUGCUGUUAUUCCUGAAUUCUUUGCCCUGCCUCUUUCAAACAGCAGUAAGUGAACCCACCAAUGAAUCUUGCAGUAGUCCAUUUAUUAUCGAACUCCUGGUUAAGAGUGAGCCAGAGAGACAGCAGUUAGGAUCGCACCCAGCAAUUGACCCACCAGGAAAAUACCAGUGGAGGGAUUCUGUGUAUCUCCAGUUUAAAAGGCUGACAAUUUUUUUUACCAUCUCCUGAUUUUUUGUGGGGGGAGUGCAGACAUUGGAAUCAAGCCAUUAAAAGAGGGAAGGGGGAGCUAGCGGAGGAAAGUAUUUUGAGAACGCUUUAAAUGUCCCAGUCAGCAAAGCACUGCCUACUAUUGCCUUUGAUGUGUGAAUGAGAAUAUUGAGAUUUUAACAAGGAUACAGCAUUGUAUGUCUGGAACUCAGUGCUUUUUUUCUUAAAAAAAUGUUUAGGGGUACUCUCACUUUCCUACUUAUACUGAUAUACUGCCCCUCAGUGAGGCCAAUCUUAGAUUCACAAAAUGUUUAGGGGUAUGCAUACCCAGAAAAAAAGCACGGCUGGAACUACAGUGGUAUCUGGUUAAGAACUUAAUUCGUUCUAGAGGUCCGUUCUUAACCUGAAACUUCUUAACCUGAGGUACCACUUUAGCUAAUGGCGCCUCCCACUGCCGCUGCGCGAUUUCUGUUCUAAUCCUGAGGUAAAGUUCUUAACCCGAGGUACAGUGGUACCUCGAGUUACAUACACUUCAGGUUACAUGCACUUCAGGUUACAGACUCCACUAACCCAGAAAUAGUACCUCAGGUUAAGAACUUUGCUUCAGGAUGAGAACAGAAAUUGUGCUCUGGUGGCACAGUGGCAGCAGGAGGCCCCAUUAGCUAAAGUGGUACCUCAGGUUAAGAACAGUUUCAGGUUAAGAAUGGACCUCUGGAACGAAUUAAGUACUUAACCCGAGGUACCACUGUACUACUUCCGGGUUAGCAGAGUCUGUAACCUGAAGCGUUUGUAACCUGAGGUACCACUGUACAACUGCACCAUUCCAUUUAAGGCACUCUUGUACCACUUUGUCAUGGCUUCCCCCAAAGAAUUCUGGGAGUUGUAGUUUGUUUAGGGUGCUAGGCAACCCCCAUUUCCCAGAGUGGUUUAGCAAUGACUCCCUCUUCCCAGGGAAUUGUAGGGUUUUUUGGUUUUGUUUUAGGGGGUUGGAGGGUCUCCUAGGGGUGCUCAGAACCCUUAACUUAAAGAUCCUAGGAUUCUUUAGGGAGAACGAUGACAGGUAAAGUGGCAUAAGAAUGUGUUGAGUGCGUGGUGUUCAGAAUUCCACUCCAGGCGGUUAUGGGAUAGCAGUGUCUGAACACUACUAAAAUGCUCUAGGGUGGACAGGGUUCAUGCUGGCAGAUCUGGGGAAAAGAAGCAAAGAGAUAAAAACUGGGGCAGGGAACAUACGGAGGGAAAGAGCCAGGGGGAAAUGGGUUAAUUACAACCUUUCUAAAAUCUGGAGAAAUAUCCUCCCAUUCACCCCAAUUUCUCACUAACAUAGGUAGAGACUUUGGAGAAAACAGCAACUAUGUCGGAAGCAAAAAAAGAAGACGUGUUUUUAUUUUCCAUGGAAACAAGACAAAGCAAUGGCUAUAAAUUAAGAAUAAAAAAGGCAGGUGAGGUGGAGUAUCCGUGAUAGGAGAGGAGGAGAGAUGGGAUUUUGGACUGAGCCAAAGCAGGAUAGUCCCAAAAUACGAAAUCAGUGUUUUUCCACAUGCAGUUUUGUCUUCAGGCUUCGUGUACACAGAGUUUGCUUCUUGGAAAAGUUACGCUGCCAGGUAG